AGCUCGGCUCACUCAUCUUCCGUUCCCCGCCGUUUGCGCAGUGGGGCAUCGCGGGCUCUUCCCCUGCAUUUGUUCGCUUUACGGGGGAGCUUUGGAGGCGGCGGCGGGCUCCUCCCAUGGUGCCCCCGGGAGACUCCCCAGCACCAGCUCGACUUUCGGUAACAAUAACUCGGGGGUCUGUGUGAAGUCAUGGAAACGUGGUUCUUGAACCACCUCUUCUGUGUAUCGCUGUGGGUGCUACUGUUGGAGCCGCCCCGGCCCCUCGGGGCUUGGACCCCCAGCUACAACAGCACAAACCCCGCCACCACGGGUGGAUCUUAUCAGUCGAGAAACACCGACGGGCUCAGUGACGGGGACAGCGGGGUGACUUCAGCGUCGUUCUCCAGUGAAAGUUUAUCACCAUCCCAGAGGAUCCUCCUGCUCUCACACUCUGCUGAACCAGCGGCUGCCACUGCUGCACAUGUCGGCUCUGAGCAGACAAAAGCAUUCACAGAAACCAGUAAUGUGUCCCCAGAGGUGGCCAACCUCUCAACUGAGCCGCUCACCUCCAGCUUCACCACUGAUGCCGUCAGCAGCAGCAGCAGCUUCAGCAGCAGCAGCAGCAGCUUCAGCAGCAGCAGCAGCACACACUGGAAGGAGUUAACUCACACAAGCCGGAUUUCAGGUCUCCCCCACUCUGUGUCGUGGGAGCCGUCGUGGCCCUGGGCGUUUCCCGCGGAAGACGGCCUUCCCCAGGACAGCCCGGAUACCAGCAGCCAGCAGGGCACCUCCACCGCUCUGAUGUCACGCAGCACCUUUCUCACCGACAGCACCACCGUCUCUCGUUCCGGGGAGAGGACGCUGCUCUCCGUGACCUCCUCCAACAGCAACAGCACCUCCUCCACCUUAGCUGAGGACUCCAACUCCCAUCAGCCUCCUUCCACCUGGGGCUUACCUCCCAGGUCUGCAGAGCCUGAUUCCACACAGAGUGGCUCAUCCGCAGGGACUAAUGGAGGAGAAACAACAGAGCGGCGUGUCACAGAAACAUUUACAGACAGUGGAACGGCAGCGAGGGCCAGAGGAGCCCCGAGUUUUUCUGGUCAAACUAACACAACUCAACAAGAACUACUUUCAUCGUCACAGGAAAUUUCAGGAUCCACAUCAUCGCUGGACACGGAGCAGUCGGAUCUCUCUGUUUCUUCCACUCCUCCAGUCACCUCGCCUUUGGGAGGCCUUCCAAACAUCACCGGGACAAACCAGGGCUCAGGUUCUAGUGUCACCGGGACAAACCAGGGCUCGGGUUCUAGUGUCACCGGGACAAACCAGGGCUCGGGUUCUAGUGUUCAACCAUCCACACAGUCCUCCACUGAGGCUCACAGCUCCAGCACUCAGAACCAGGGCAGAAGUGAAGUGUCUUUUCUUCAGACCAGUGAGGGCAUGGGUCUGCCAGCAGCGCCUUCUACUGUCAGAACUGUUGUAACUGAAGCGGAAAACCCCCUGACAGACGCACCGCUGCUGUACACUGCUGACUUUCUCACUACAACACCUGUCACUGUUACUAAAAGUCAGAUAACAGAGGGAGACACCUCCACUGUAACUGAGGUCACAUCCACCAGACUAGCUUCUACCAGCUCUUCUCCACCCUCCACCUCAUCAGGGGUCGGAGUCUCCCCCAGCACUUUUCCUUCACAGUCCCCUAUAAAGACCACCCUGCCGCAGACUGCCCCCUCCCCCACGUCCUACACCCUGACCCCGCAGACCUCGGUGACGCACCCGGGUCACCAUGUAUCGCGCGGUCAAACCCAGAGGCCCGCGACAGGAAUGACCCUCCCGACAAAAGCCCCGACCGUGACCGCCGUAACGAGCGGAGGAACCCUCAGGAGCUCCACCGCUCACACUCGGUUGAUCUCCACCACCUCCACCCGCAGCACGCCAACAGAGAGCACAGGACAUCUGCACACGACCCAGAAACAGACUGACAGGGGGGCCAAAAAGGCCCCAGGAACGACCCCACCUGUUGACAUCCAACCCACCAAGGGACCCCCGAGAGACCCCUGUGCGUCCAACCCCUGCUUGAACGGAGGAAUGUGUAAGAGCUCCCAGCGCCAUCAGUUCACCUGCCGCUGUCAGCAGGGAUGGAAAGGACGCACCUGCAACCAAGAUGUGGAUGAGUGUAAGCAGCAGCCUUGCCCUGCCGACUCCACCUGCAUCAACACCCGAGGCUCCUUCAGCUGCGAAUGCCCGCUGGGCUUUGACCUGGAGGAUGGGCGCUCGUGCACGAGAGCUAAGACGUUCCUGGGGACGUUCAGCUUUGACAGAUAUGAUCCGUCCAUCAGGAGCAUCGCAGUCCACGACCUGCAGAGAGAGAUCAUCCAGCUGCUUAAUGUCUCACUGUCCGUCCUUCGAGGCUACAGCCGCUCCACGCUCAGCAAACGGGAGCAGGGUGGGAUGCAAAUCUUGGCCGUCAACAUGUUUUCACUUUCCACUGACGUGACGACCACGGAGGUCUUCAACAGCAUCCAGAUGUCUCUCAACAACUGCAGCUCAUCUCUGACCCACUGCCGAAUGUUGCUGCAGCACCGCCUCUCCUACCGCACUGAGAGUUUGUGUCAGGCUCAGAGGACCCGCUGUGAUCCGGAGCGUACCGUCUGCUCCGACAGCAGCGGCACGGCCUCCUGCCAGUGCCUGCAAGGCUAUUACAAGCACAACUCUGAUGACCUGUCCUGCUUAGAAUGUGGUGAUGGCUACAGGCUGGAAAAUGGCACAUGUGUCCCGUGCAUGUUUGGAUUUGGGGGCUUUAACUGUGGAAAUUUUUACAAGCUGAUUGCUGUUGUGGUGUCACCAGCAGGGGGCGCUCUGCUCCUCAUUCUUGUAAUUGCUCUCAUUGUGACCUGCUGCAAGAGGGACAAAAACGACAUCAACAAAAUCAUCUUCAGGAGUGGAGACAUGCAGAUGUCCCCAUAUGCAGAUUUCCAGAAGAACAGCAGAAUAUCCAUGGAAUGGGGCCGGGAGACCAUAGAGAUGCAGGAGAACGGCAGCACCAAGAACCUUCUGCAGAUGACGGACAUUUACUACUCUCCCGCCUUGCGGAACUCCGACCUGGAGAAGAACGGUUUGUACCCGUUCACGGGCCUGCCGGGGUCUCGCCACUCGUGCAUCUACCCCGCCCAGUGGAACCCGUCCUUCACCAGUGACGAUUCCCGCCGAAGGGACUACUUCUGACUCCGGACCCUCGCUCCCUGACCCCUGCUGUUACACUGACGGUCGCUGCCAUGGUUUCAUGCACACUGACGUUCGUGUGCGACUUGCACUGUUUUGAAAAACUACAUUUGAAAUCAGGGCUCCAUCCUGCGUUUCAGGAAAAAGAGGAGGUGCUUUUUGUGAUUUUUAUGUUUUAUUUUUCUUUCAGUGGGUUUGGAUGCCUUUGGCUGUUUUGAAGAAUGUAAAUCCAUUCAUGUUCAUAAUCUCUACAGUCAAACAUCCUUUUAGUAUAGUACUGCUCAGUGCAGUAUGGGGAAAACACUAUAUGCAGUACACAGCAGUAAGGGUUGAUGCUUUGCUCUUCUAUCACUGUAAAAAUGCCCUGAUCAGAAAAAAUCUGGAAAAAGACCACAGAAGAAUGCACAGUCAUGGUUCAACAAGUAACCUGACGCCGACUGUUAUUUAUUCCAUUUGAAGUAAGAAUGAUUGACAUGUUAUUCAUACAUGCUUUUUUUGUGCAUGCAUGUGUGUUUGUAUGCUUCAUCUGUCUAAUCAGGAUAUAAUUAGCUGUUUGCGUAAUGAUGAAGUAAUAUUUUUAGAGGUUCUGUCUGAUGUCUAUGUGACGUGUUGAUUCUGGCGUUCUAGUCAGAUGUGGUUAUUUAAAUAAAGAAAUCAAAAACCA